UUCACUUCCGACUUCCGUUUGCGUCAAUGUAAAGAAGCGGAAUGUAUUUGCGAUAAUAAAUUCAUACUUUAGUCCUGAUCAGAGCGUUCAUAAUGGCAGAAGGGUCAUCCUCUGUCCCUAGCAACAAGGGUGAUUUGAUUGAAAAUGGGAAGAACAAGACAAAGAUUUGCUGUAAAAGAUGCCCGAGUUUAGUUCUUUCACCUAACCAAGCAACAUUGACUGAAAAAGAGUUUUUCCUGCCAUAUAUGUAUAAAAAGAAAGUGGAAAGCCAGCCUCAUGAUGGAGAAACCCUGACAGAUUACUGGUUGGUGGAGGACAUGUUUACGUUCGAUAAUGUUGGUUUCUCGAACACUGUGGGCUCCAUCAAGUAUCUUAUAUGUGCGGAUUGUGAGAUUGGACCUAUAGGCUGGCAUGACUUGACCAACAAGAAGGCGUUCUACAUCGCAGUUGACCGAGUACAGCAUGUUUAACAACAGCUGGGAACUAGGAACAUGUAUCAUAGACUGUUGUUAUAAGAGUCUGAAUUUACAACAAGAACAACCAGAUCAUGAAGUCUACUCUUGUUAAAGAUGAAAAUGAAAUACAUUCCCCAACUUUCAUUCAUCAUCAUAUGCAAUAUCUGCUGUUAUUCAUUAUAAGGCAUUCACCACAUAAUGAGAUAUCAGUUCCCUGGGCAUUAUUGCCAGAUGAAAAUUAAGAAGUCUACUCCUCUCUGUCCAUAUUUAACACUUAUCAGAAAAUCAUAAUAAUAUAAGAACUACUUUUCAGUUGUUUUCUUUUUGUGACUGGUUACAAAACAAACGCUACUGCAGGGCUUGACACUGCCUUGUACCACUUGGCAUGUCUGUGCAUGUAAUGUAUAAGCCUGCUUUAUAUCUACCAGCAUCUUUUUUACCAUGUUUACCAAAGUUAUUCCAAAAUACAUGUAUAUAUUGGUGGUGUAUAUCUUUUGUUAUUCAAUAUAUAUUUUUUCUGGAAUACAGAUAGUUAUUUUCUGGACAUUAAGUGAUUGUCAUCCCAAUUUGCUGAAGAUAUUUUUAAAAUUUGGAAAUGACUUAUGAAAGGAAUUAAAAUGUGCUGAGGCCAUUUGUCUUGCAAAAAUAAUACAGAUUUUAUCUCCUCAUGGGAAUCUGGGUCAGAAGAGGCUCCAGUCGUGAGAGGAAACAGUGGAUUGGGUGGUCUGAUUUGGUUUACUUAGUUUAUAGCAUGUGCUUAUGCCUCAACAAUGGAUGGUUGCUCACAGUAUUGAUCACUAGAUUGUCUGGUCCAGAUUCAAAUUUACCGGUCGUAGUCAUAUUGUUGUAAUAUUGCUGAAUGCAGUGUUAAACAACAAAGAAUUGAGUCACUAUGGUCUCAUGCCAUUAUUAGCACUACUCCAGCAAUAUGAUGAUGGGGGACACCAGAAAUGGGCUUCACACAAUGUACCAAAGUGGGGAAUCGAACCCGGGUCUUCUGCAUUAUGAUGAACACUUUAGUCAAGUAGUAUACCCCACCACCCAAACAACAAGCAAAGUGUAUUAGAUCACUGAAGAACCAAGAUUUUCUUUUAAGCCAUGGCAAAGAAAACAAUUAUAUUGACCUGCCAGCUAUGUUUUGUUGCUGUUACUUAAAAGUUCCAUCUCAAUGUACAAUACUUGGAUUAUCAAUUCUUGACUGAUAUUUGAUUAUGUAACUCUUUCAUAAGGAAAAUAACCAAAAAUGUUUCAGGGUUAACUAUUGCUAUUGACCAAUGAGGUAAAUGUUGAGUUAAGUAGGGUUGUUUACAUGUCAUUAUACACAGCCUACACCAAAGCAGACAAUAUCUAUAGGGGAUAAUAUGCAACUUCAUAGGUUUAUCUUGAGAUCACUUGAAAAUUAGGAUGUCAAUAUUUACAAUAUUUCCACAUUAUCAAGCUAUUAAAUGUUGGUUUCUAGUACCCUCGUGAUGUCAUCCUAAUAUUACUCUUCAAAACACCAUGACAAUGUGUUCUUGUUUAUAUAUAACUUCACUCGAAAUGGAGCUUGUUAUAUUUCUGUUAUACCCUGUGUGUUAUAGUCAGUACAGAGUUGUGUCCCUUGGAAUAGCGGGUCACGCACUUCCUGAUCACAGGUUGGUUGUUACAAGGGUUGUCACAUAUCGGAAGGUUUUCGAAUAAAUUAGUUGUUUUGUUUGGUUAUAGAUGAAAUACUUCCCAUUAUGACCUAUGAUAAAUCAGUUCAAUGCCUAAUGAGAAUCAGUUGUUUGAUUAAAAGGAAUUCUCUGCCUUCUCAUCAUAAUCAUGAUAUAAUUAACAAGUGUAGGCACUUUCGUUGAGAUGAAUUAUUAAUUUGGUAUUCAUAAAUAUAUCACUAUCAAUACCGGGAAUAUAUUCUAUGUCCCCCUAGUCAACACCAUGCUCUUGGGUUUGAAGAAGAUCAUGAAUGUCUGGAAUCUGAUUCAGUUUGGCUUUCCCUGUCAUCUAAACCAAACCUGAUACAAUAAAACUGUUGAAGUACACUGGACUACAAUUAAACAACCCUAACAGAUGCUCACACUCAGCAUGCGAGAGUCCCCUGGUCCUGUAGUCCCUGGCUAGUGAACAUUCAUCAGGACCACUAAAUUAUAAGUUUGCAGUGGUCCUGGUGGACAGUCAAUCUUUUUAUUGAUAGUUAAGUAAAUCUACGAAUGUUAUUUUGGACCAGCGAAGUACAGACAGGGACCACUAAUUAUUGUCCACUCACUGUUCCUGUGGUCUAGUGGGAAGUUUUGAAAGGUGUCUUUCCCUGAUACUGUUAGCUGAUAGUGGUCUAGUGGGAAGUUUUGAAAGGUGUCUUCCCUGAUACUGUUAGCUGAUAGUG